UCGUACACAGGCUUCCAAAAAUACCCUUGUGACUCGUCCCCGUUCGUCAAAACCCCCCAUACUAUCUACAGUUCCUGUAAAUUAAAUAACACCCAAAUACCAAUCUAUUGCAAUUUUUUUCUCUUGAAUUCUGUAAUCGAUAUGGAGAGCUCAGUUGGGUUUUUUGUGGGCUUUCUGUGGCUGCUCUUGGGGGCGAGAAUUCCAUCUGUGUUGGCAAGAUUCGUAGUCGAAAAGAACAGCUUGAGGGUAACUUCUCCGGACGCCAUUCGUGGAAAUCAUGAUAGUGCGAUUGGGAAUUUCGGCAUUCCGCAGUACGGCGGGAGCAUGGCGGGGAAGGUCGUCUAUCCGAAGGAGAACAAGAAGGGCUGCGUUGAAUUCGGCGAGUCGUUCAAGGCGAAGUCAGGAAAGCUGCCGACGUUCCUGUUGCUCGAUCGCGGAGAUUGUUUUUUUGCUUUAAAGAUUUGGAAUGCACAAAAGGCUGGGGCUUCAGCACUACUUGUUGCAGAUGACACUGAAGAACCUUUGAUAACCAUGGAUUCACCUCGAGAGGAUGAAGAAUCUGCAAAGUACAUUCAGAACAUAACGAUUCCAUCCGCGCUCAUUGAUAAAAACUUUGGUGAACAAUUAAAGAAGGCAGUCAACAGUGGAGAAAUGGUUAAUGUGAACCUUGACUGGCGAGAAGCUGUUCCACACCCGGACGAUCGUGUGGAGUAUGAGUUGUGGACCAACAGCAAUGAUGAAUGCGGGCCUAAAUGCGACAUGUUGAUGGAAUUUGUGAAAAAUUUCAAGGGUGCGGCCCAGAUACUUGAGCAAGGCGGUUAUAGUCAGUUUACGCCCCAUUAUAUAACUUGGUACUGUCCUCAGGCGUUCACUUUGAGCAGACAGUGCAGAUCCCAAUGCAUUAAUCAUGGAAGGUAUUGCGCACCCGAUCCUGAACAGGAUUUUACCCAAGGUUAUGAAGGGAAAGACGUUGUUAUUGAGAAUUUGAGGCAACUGUGCGUGUUUCGAGUUGCAAAUGAAUCCAAAAGACCUUGGGUUUGGUGGGAUUAUGUAACUGAUUUUCAAAUAAGAUGCCCCAUGAAGCAGAAAAAGUACGACAAAGAAUGUGCAGACACUGUCAUCAAAUCUCUUGGACUCGACAAUAAGAAGAUAGAAAAGUGUAUGGGAGACCCAAAUGCCGAUUCUGAAAAUCCUGUUCUAAAAGAAGAGCAAGAUGCCCAAGUUGGAAAAGGAUCCAGGGGCGAUGUUACUAUUCUACCUACUCUUGUUGUUAACAACAGACAAUAUCGAGGGAAGCUAGAGAGAGGUGCUGUUUUGAAGGCUAUUUGUUCGGGUUUCGAGGAAACUACUGAGCCACCUGUUUGUUUGAGUGAUGAUAUGGAGACAAACGAAUGUUUGAAGGAUAAUGGUGGUUGCUGGCAAGAUAAGGCAUCCAACGUCACUGCUUGCAAGGAUACAUUCCGUGGAAGAGUAUGUGAGUGUCCUUUGGUUGAAGGUGUGCAGUUCAAGGGUGAUGGUUAUAACGCUUGUGAAGCAAGUGGGCCUGGAAGAUGCAAGCUAAAUAAUGGGGGUUGUUGGCAAGAAACUCGAGAUGGUCGAACCUUCUCCGCUUGUCAGGAUGCUGAGGGAAGUAAAUGCAAGUGUCCUCCAGGCUUCAGAGGUGAUGGCAUUAAAAGUUGUGAAGAUAUCGACGAAUGCAAAGAAAAGAUGGUUUGCAAGUGCCCUGAGUGCAGCUGCAAGGAUACUUGGGGCAGCUACGAGUGCACCUGUAGUGGUGACCUUUUAUACAUUAGAGACCCUGACACCUGUAUAAGCAAAAGAGGUAGGGAAGCAAAGACUGCAUGGAUUGCUGUCUGGGUCAUUUUGAUAGGUUUGGCUGUUGCUGCAGUUGGAGCAUAUAUUGUUUACAAAUAUCGAUUAAGAUCAUACAUGGACACGGAGAUUAGAGCUAUAAUGGCACAGUACAUGCCACUGGACAGCCAAGGAGAGGUCCCAAAUCAUGUCCACGAAGAUCGUGCAUGAAAAGCUGCUUCCAUUAAACUUAUGAAGAUUUGAAGCGACACAGACAAGGUGAUUGAAUUAUUCACCCCUUCGUUCCAUUAAUUACACAAGAUUCUCUCAGUUUAGAGCGGCUGGUUUUGUCAAAAUAUGGGGGGUAAUAAAUGACAGGCAAGAUUACAUGCACAGGUUUAUUAGGACUGGAAAUGUUGAAGUAGAGACUGUGAGGGUUUCAACAGUUGGGUUUGAGGAAUUUCUUUAUAUUUCAGCAACUGUAUAAUCCAUGUAUAGUUCUCUGUGAUGUACUCUAUCAUCUUUAGAUUAUCAGCUUUGUUUCUUUUU